AUGAGAAUCGCAGCUCUUUCUUCGGCCUUCGCCGUUUCGCUCUAUGCAGUAGGUGUACACGCAGCUCCUGCGCUUGAUACGGACCAGCUCGUCUACCAGUCAACAGCUUCCUCAGGCCUUGAGGCUCUAACGUUUGGGCUCUCGUCCAAGCUGUCUUCCGUCUUCAGCAAUGCGCUUUCGCAUCUCCCCAGCCCCGUCGCCGCCAUUGAAGGCGAGGGUAGGACCAUCUGGGACGUCAUCAACGAUUCGGACGAGUUUUCGCAGCUCGCCCACGUCCUCAAUUACUCUUCCGAUGCCACCAAAGACAUCCUGAAGAAGAAGCAGGGCCUCACGCUCUUUGCUCCUCUCAACUGGCACCACCAACGUGACGGCGGCGACAAGGAAGCCUUCCAGGCCUUGUCCUUUGGCCCCGCUUCCCUCCAGGAAUGGAACAACAUUCAGAAGCAGAUCGCCGACUACGAGCGCGAUUACUGUGUCCGUGCUCGUCACCACAAGGAUAAGGGUGGCAAAGACGAUGACGAUGACGACGAGAAGAAGCGUCGUCGCGAGUUUCUCCGCCACCUCAUCGAUGCUACCGCUCUCUACCACCUGGUCCGCUCCGAUACAGUUCUCGACGCCAAGGCGAUUGCCGAUAAUUCGAGUGUUGCUACCUGGCUCAACACAGGAAAGUCGCACUCCUCCAACAAUGGCACCGACUGGCGAGUACGAACGGGCAAGAGUCUCCUGCCUCUACCCGCCGUCUACCUCAACUUCUACUCUCGCGUUGUCAAGCCCGACAUCCGUACCAAGAACGGCCUCAUCCAUGGCAUCAAGUAUCCGCUCUUUCUGCCGCCCGAUGUGCUCCAGAGCCUCUUCUUCGGCCAGACCACCUUCUCCACCACCACCUCGGCACUGCAAAAGGUGCACGCGGCCAAGUACUUGACGUACCGCCCGAGACACUCUCAUUACAGCCACCACGGCGGUCGCGGCGGCAAGCACGCUCCUGGCUCGAUCGAUGCCUGGCACCACAAAUCCAACGGCAGCACAUUUGCUGGUGUUUCUGCCGAGACCGUGUUCGUGCCCACCAACCUGGCCUGGUCGCGUCUGCCCUUUGCCUUCCGUGCCUACCUCUUCUCUCCAUGGGGCUACCACCUUCUGCAGAAGAUCCUGAUGCUCCACUCGCUGCCCUCGGACAUCGUUUACGCUGACUUUGUCCACCACGUACCGCACUCGGGCAAGGCUGUUCGCGAAGCUGUGCACACCACCACUGACGAGUUUGGACACGCCAACAAGACUUCGUAUACGUUUGACACGGUUCUGCCCGCGAUCGACGGCAAGAAGGGCGAGUUUGAGACGCUCGACGUUGAUGUGUACAGAUACUACUUGCUGCCUAGGCAGAAGGGACCGCUGCAGACCAGGAUUGUGGUGCAGAACGUUUCGGUCAUUCUGCAGGACAUCCCCGCCUCGAAUGGGGUCUGGCACUCUGUGCCAUUCCUGCUGAAGCCAAAGGGUCAUCCUCACAAGGGUGUGUGGGCUGAGGUCGCUGCUGCGGCCGAAGAGGCUGGAUUCGGAAUGGUCGAUUUGAACGCCGAAGCUCAAGCUAACCUGUGGUAA